CGUCGUCUUAACAUCGUACGGUUGCUAGAUUUUAUUUUAAUAAUUUGUAAUUUAAGUUAUUAUAAAUUACCUUAUUGAAUAAACAGAUUUGAAACUGUCUAUUUAAAGAAUGUUCACUAACACCGGAGCUGAAUACCAGUCUUGAAUGCGACCUUAAAGCGACUGUUUACGAUGGUGACCGUAGUGGAGCUGCUGAGUCUCCUGCUGGUGUCGGUGCUGUGGGGCUGCACCAACCCUCUUCUGAAGAGAGGCACAGAGGGGAUAGAAAAUGUGACCAAGACCAACAGGGUCUCACAGCUGCUGGCUGAGGUCAAGUUCCUUUUCUUAAACCUCAAGUACCUGGUCCCAUUUCUGCUUAACCAGAGUGGCUCUUUGGUCUACUAUUAUACACUCUCCACCACAGAGCUAUCGCUUGCAGUUCCCGUUGCCAACUCUCUCACCUUCCUUUGCACUCUGCUCACUGGCAAGUUAUUGGGUGAAGAGUUUGGAGGCAAACAGGCUGUCGCGGGAAUGUUCCUCACCAUGGCUGGCAUCACUCUGUGUGUUAUAAGCUCCGUUGUUGACAAAGACUCUGGGAAGCUGAAUAUGACGCAGGCCGUACAAUAACACAAAUCAGGAUUAAAGCAAAUUCUCCUACGCCUUCAAGUGAUUCCUCAGCAGGAAAGGAAAGGAAAGGAAAGGAAAGGAAAGGAAAGGAAAGGAAGGCCGAAGCAGAGUCGGAGCAGACCUAGAGGGGGGUCGUUUUAGAUUCAGACGGCGACUCCUUAGAGCAACGGUUCUGGUGGGAGAAUUGUGCCUAAAUGAACUCAGCGUGAGCUUCAAAAGACCUGUCCAGAAACUCUUACACCAAGUUCAAGGGGAAGUGGGUUCAUGCGGGGUUCACCUCAAGGCUAGACUAGAUUUAUGGCACUUGCAUAAAAGUUGGCGGUUGUUAACUUUUAGCACUCUGCUGCCCCGCCAUGUGACUGGCAUCUGCAUAAAUGCUAUAGAGGCCACAUACAAAUAAGGCUGGGGGUUUGAAAUGGACCAAUUAGAUCUAACCUCCCGGUUUUAACAGGGACAUUUUACUGCAGCUGCCUUCUGUACACUGUGGUGUGUGUGUUUGGGGAGUAACAGGACACGGGAGAGGACAAAUUGCUGUGUAGCUCGAGCAUAAAGCUGUUUUUCAUACUUAUUUUCCUCUGGCCCUCCUUCUCCCCCUGCUGGCUUGUAUAAACGAUGUAUUACUUAGGACGAUAUACCACUGCUAUUUUCUUUUGCAAAGAAAGGACUUAGUUGUUAGGAGUGAGUGACCUUGUUGUGUGCACAAACAUCUGAACAAGUUGUACAGAGUUCAGAAAUAACAGUAACGUACAUAGUAAUAUAUAUCUUUUAUUCUCACAGUAUUUAAUUGACACAAAUCACUGUACAGAUGACUUUACUAUUGUUGCAUCUAUUUAGCUUGUGAUGUGGCUGAUAUUUUAUUAAUAAAUUGUUGGCUAAACACGA